CCCCCCCCCCCCCAAAAAAAAAAAAAAAGUGUAUGACGAAGAUAAAGAAGAAGCUGGUUUCUUCAGCUCCAUGGAGAGGCGAAGAAGACGAUGCGGAAGGCGAAUUCAAGGACGCGAAGCUGAAAAUGACAAAAAAUCCAGGAGGUACUUCCACCAUGCACGUCCCUCGCAAGAAAUCUAUACGCUCCAAGGAUGAUGACCCAGAUGACUCCCUCGCUGAAAUUGAUCCUGAGCUCCGCUACAGCUUCCAGCGUAACUUCCAGUUUCUGCAACGAGUUUUUAGCAUUGAUACUGUUGUGAAACCAUUACCACCUGCCAUGGCUUACAAUGUUUCUCGCAACUUGAGCUUCUUCACGGGAAUUUUCACACAAUUCUUUGACCCUGAAGGUAUUGCAAAUGCACAGAAGUCACUUGGUUUAGGACAAGAGGAGAAAGCUCGUAGAGUACGUUGACAUGGGAAAGGUGGGAUCCAGGAAUGCGGUCAAAACAUUUUGUAAUAUUGUAGUUUUGCUUUGAAUUUUUCAACAUUCAUCAGAGAGGAUCUUCUAAAGAUUAAAAGUUUGAUCUUAUGGAUGAUAUAACUAUGUCAUUUUUAUUCUUUUUAUCCUUAAAUACUAAUAGCUUAAUAGAUUCACGUAGUA